CGCGCCCAUAAAGCAGCCCACGGAAAUCCGAAGUCGGAAUAGCAGCCGAAGGGAAAUCAGGGCGGAGGAAUUUUUGCAGGACGGAGAGAGGGGGAGGCCGAGAGAUUUGGGAUCGUUAGCGUUUGAGGGGAAGAAGAGGGGAAGAGGAAGGCAUGGCGAACCAGGGAGCCAAGAAGAGGAAGGAGGAGAACAGGAAGCACAUGGCCAUGCUCCUUCGCGUCAUCAUCGCCUCCAACGUAUUAUAUGUCUUGGUGAGAAUGCUUAUGUUUUAUUCAACUUUCACUUGGAAGCAUUGGGUUGGUCUACUUAUUACGUCGGCUGCCUAUGGAGUUUCAUAUCAACAACUUGCUACCAUGGCAAAACCCGCAUACUCUGAUGAUGGUGAACUCCUAGAUGGUGGGUAUGACAUGACGACUGGUGGAGUCUGUGGUUAUCUGCAUGAUGUGAUCUACAUAACAAGUUUUGUGCAGCUGACAUCCAUUAUCUCUGGUAAAUUUUGGUGGACUUAUUUAGUGAUACCUGCAUUUGGUGCAUACAAGAUUUUUGGUUUAUUAAAAGGAAUACUUUUUGGAGGUUCAGAGGUGGGUGUCGAGGAUGAGAAGAGCCGGAAGAAAAGGGAAAAGAUGGAGAAGAAGGCUGCCAGGGGCAAAAUUGUUAGAACAAGGAAUAGGUGAUAUCAUUUAUAGAAUAGCUCCUUGUUUAGUUUAGGUUAUAUAAAAAGAAAACUUCCAAGGUUGCUCGGGGCUUAUGAAGGUCAGUCAGGUCAGGUUCACCUGAAGAUGAGAUGAUCCUGAGCUUUUUAUUCUUCUUGUAAACCGUACAUUCAUCCAUGAAUGCUGAGAUGGAGCUAGCAGGUUGGAGUCUCUUCAUUAAUGUGACUGUUUAAAGUUUUAAUUUUUUUUAAUCUCUUUCAUCUCCUUAAUGUAGUUUGGAAAGAUUAUUAAUGCUUGUAUUAGCAUCAAAUUCUUAUACCUUGGUAGAGAAUGUACUGGUAUAAUAUUGUGUUUCAAGUAAUCUUGGUUGGGA